AUGCACGACGGAGCCCCUCAUGGCAUCGAGGUCGGACGUUAGCGGCAAGAAGUCCCCAUCACCUUCUUUUCAACCUCCACCUUCCCCACCCCCCUCCCAUGUCUGUCCCCCUACCCGAUUCCGUCUCCCCCAUAAGAUGCCUAGUAAUCGGUGCAAGUUUUGAGGGGCUUAUAGUCGCCUACCUGCUGCAACAGGCGGGUCACCAGGUCGUGGUAGUGGACAAGGGGGACGCGGAUCGCCAGGUCUUUGAGCGUGGGAUACGCAGUCCGCCCAACGUUGCACGCCUCUUCAGCCAGCUGCCCAAGGUUACGUCGGUUCGCCAGCGGACCGGAUCUGGGCUAGAGUUCAUCGAUGGCCGCACCGCGCGCACCGUCGGCACGUCUGAAUUCUUCGACAACAUCAUGCGCGACCUGGGCUCGAAUUUCUACAUGGGCUCGCAUUCGCACAUCAUGCAGUUCUUGCGAGGUCUCUGUCGCGACGUGCAGAUGGACAUCAGGUACAACCAGGAAGUCGUCAGCCUGUCCUCAACGGAGUCGGGAAACCCCGUGCUGCACCUGAAGUCAGGGGACACCAUUGAAGGCGACUUGGUCAUUGGUGCAGAUGGGCUCAAUGGCAUCUCACGGUCGUUCAUCCCGCCGCUUCCGCGGCGAGAGGAUACGCCAGACUCGGACGAAUCAGAUCAAGACCCGUUGAGCAAGAUGUACGAUAUAGGCGUUCGUACUGUUCUUGGCGUCACCUUCUCCAUCCUUCCAGAAGACAUGGAGAAGAACCCUCGACUCGCACCACUACUGAAAAAGGACACCAUCAAAGUUUGGAUGGAGUCAGACUCCAUGGGCAUGAGCUCCUUGGUACACGAUCCCGAUGUAUAUAUUUUCGUCCUCGGGAAGGUGAUGACGGAAGAAUACGUCGACACCGGGCUCGAUAUCCGCGAAGAGCUCAAGGAUAUCGUCGACCUGUAUGACCCGACGGUGAAGGAGCUACUUGACUUGGCACAUUCGUAUCGCAAGGAGAUACAAAGAUUGCCAGAGACGCUCACAAUCGUCGACAAGGAGCGUAAGAUUGCGCUCAUCGGUAACUCUGCGUUCGUCUCACCAUAUUACGGCGUCUACAAUGAUACCAUCGCCUUCGAAGCCGCCUUCACCCUCGCCCGCCUCCUCGCCCGCCUCUCCAAGCGCGCCUACCUUCCCAUCCUCCUCGACGGCUUCCAAAAGAUCCGCACCUUCCGCAACGUCCAGACCCUCGCCUCCGAGCUGCAGGCCAUCCGCCUCAUGGGCCUCCCGCCGGGCCCCAGCCGCACGGAGCGCGACGCGGCCCUCGCGUUGCCGCUCACGCAGGAGGACGACGAGUCGGCGGAAGUGUGGUCGAAAACGCUGGUGCAGUUCGAUUACGACGCGCACGAUGCGGCGGAUGAGUGGUGGCUGCAGUGGGGGAAGUUUUUGGUGGACAGGAUGGACACCGACCAUGGGGCGGCAUGAGUAGGGAGAGGGAGAGACGAGCGUUGACGUUGAGAGAGUAUAUUGUUUCUGUAUGCUUCUUGUACAUGCUUUGGGAUACGGGUUCGUGUUGGUUGUGAUACGGAUUUCUUGGAUAGACUAGACGAGUUCGUGCCACGAACUGAAUGUCUAACACCUCUUGCGAGUGGCACUAGUCGCCCUGCAUCGGAG